GAGCCGUUGUGGGUGCAGUUCAUCUUCGCUUGACGCCAAGUCGAUUAUAGUUCUUCAUCCUAAGAAAGGGAUUUAAAAGCACAUUUCUACGUACUAAACCUCAACUUAAAGUUUUUACAAAGACUCUUCAACAACCUCUUCGUCAAGAUGAGCUUCCUGUUUGGCAGUCGCUCAUCUAAGACCUUCAAGCCGAAGAAAAACAUCCCAGAAGGCUCGCACCAGUAUGAGCUGCUCAAACACGCCGAGGCGACGCUGGGCAGCGGGAACCUGAGACAGGCUGUCAUGCUGCCAGAGGGAGAGGAUCUCAAUGAAUGGAUCGCUGUGAACACUGUGGACUUCUUCAACCAGAUCAACAUGCUGUAUGGCACCAUCACAGAGUUCUGCACUGAGACCAGCUGCCCUUUGAUGUCUGCAGGACCAAGGUAUGAGUAUCACUGGGCUGAUGGGACCAACAUUAAGAAGCCAAUCAAAUGUUCUGCGCCCAAGUACAUAGACUACCUGAUGACCUGGGUGCAGGACCAGCUGGAUGAUGAGACGCUCUUUCCCUCAAAGAUUGGAGUUCCUUUCCCCAAGAACUUCAUGUCUGUGGCCAAAACCAUCUUGAAGCGGCUGUUCAGGGUUUAUGCUCACAUCUACCAUCAGCAUUUUGACUCCGUGAUACAGCUGCAGGAGGAGGCUCACCUCAACACCUCCUUCAAGCAUUUCAUUUUCUUCGUCCAGGAGUUCAACCUUAUUGACAGGCGGGAGCUCGCUCCUCUGCAGGACUUGAUUGAGAAACUUGGAUCCAAGGACAGAUAGACAUUUCCUCCCUUUUUAAACUUUUUUUUUGUUGUUGUUUUUUUUGUUCUUUGCCCUUUCUCUUCUUCUACCUCUGGUUUCUAGCCUCAACUUGUAAAGAACAUUUGUGCCUUUACACUUAAUAUUUGUACUGUACAUUUCUUUUUAUCCCCUUUUGUUCUACACAGAUUUUGAGCCUUUUAGCCUCUUGGACUUGUAUACAAUAGUGUAGUAAAGGAAAGAUAUUUUUCACAGGACUGUGGUUACCGACUGUAGGAGUAGUCUACUGAAUCCUUUUGUUUUUUUCUUUUUGGACCAAGGUGAAAACGGCUGCUUGUUUACAGAGUUGCUGCAGAGUGUUUGGUUUGUCUAAACACUUCCUUACUUUUUAACUCUGGGUUAUUAGAACUGCAAUGAUCGACCAAAUAUCCCAGCUUUUUAUGUCUGAACAGAGGAGAGUAACAGACACAAUAUAGAGUAAUAAACCUGGUCUUUAGUGAGCUUUUAGACUUGUUACAACACAGCAAAUGAAGGCAGACACAUACUUGUACAGGUGUGUUUAUGUAUAAUGCUGUUUGUAACAUUGCUCCUGUUCAGACCGUUAAGUCAGUUUAAUGUAAAGAGAUGGAUUAUUGCAAUAAUACCUUAUCAAGCCCAUCUUCAGGCAGCUAUUUUAUGUUGCCUAAGCAAUAGUGUUUUCCACACUUAAUAUGGUGAAUGUGCUGAAGUUUUCACAGGUAAUUUUGAACAUUUUCUUAUCAAGAGCCUAUAAAUCCUUGGGUUAUCCUUUUAAUAUUAGCCUUAUUAUAGAAAUGAUGACAAAAGAAUGAAGAUCAUUGUGUGACCUUUUAGUUUGACUUGUAUUUCUGCUGAACCCCUAACCACUUUAUUUUUUUAUUUUGUGUAUUUUUCCUUGUAUUAGAAAGCUAUGUAAUCCCUUUUUCAUCUGUAUGCCAGUGAUGGUUGUAGUUUUGCUUUUUUAUAUAUAUAUAUAUACUCUUAGUCUUUGUUUCCUGUGAUAUUACCAGUUAUUGGGCUUUACGCUGGCUACAGCAGCAGGUUCUGUCCAUAUAGCAGAUGAAGCUAAUUUUCAUCCUGGAUGUCUGGUCUUCAAAAUGUUGAUCAUGAAAUCGAUUACGUGGCUUCACAUUUCACCCAAACUUGCGUCAGUCUUGUAACUCACUAUGAUUGAGCUUGUGGAAGCCUGUUAAAAUCCCUUUAAAUCUAGAUUUUCCUUGCAGGUGCAGAAGUGGUGUCCACUCAUUAUUUUUCACUGUAUACUCUGCCACUGUUUUUGCUUCAGCUCACAAUAUCAUUUCUAAACUCCUGGUUACAUUUACUAUUUCAGGUGUAGGAGUUAAAGGUUUUUAUAUUUCAUUGUUUUGAUCCAAUUAUUGGAUGGUUGUUUAUUAAAAUAGAGUGGGAGUUUUGGGGAUAAAUGUACCACAUUCAAAAAUGUAACAAAUCAGUGUUUUUUUCUGAACAAUUGUGCCUUACAAUAAAAUGUCAUCACAGUAUUGAUGGAUCAAACUUUCAAUAAACAUCUUAAAGACAA